UUGAAUAUAAAGAAAAUAAUAUAAUACGUCUUGCUUUGAAAUAUUUUUACGUUAUGAAGGUAUCGUCGUCUGACUGGAGGAGGUGUGGGAUGUUGAUUUUGAGUUUCGCAUAGUAUCUGAGCAAUAUGACAGAUUCCUAUUGUCGUCAAAUAACGUUUUAAUUGUUUGUUGAAAUAUUUUCAACUAUUAUCUGUGUGUUGCGAUCUAAAACGUCUCUAAAUUACGGUAUCACAUUUUUUUCUUGAAACAUGCAGCCACUCGCGAGUCAACAACCCUUAACGUCUAUAUUACCUCAUAGAAUAACAUCCAUUUCUACUAAACAUAUCUUGUAACCUUCAGUACAAUUGCUUUCAUCGUACGGUAUUCCUUGGUGUGUAAAUGUUUACACAGCAAAUCUGCAGGGUAAUAAAAUAUGGUAGGUGAUUAUUCGCCGCUCUUUAAUCACCUCCACCUUUCCAUCAUUGUUCGUCAUAAAGAUAACAUCGAUUUACUUCUAUAUUGUAAAUAUAUCCACUGUCUUUGAGAGGAUGAGAAAUUGUCAAAUUAUUGACAGCUAACUUUAACAUGCACGCUGUGGCAUUAGACCAAAUAAUGGGAGACACGGACAACCCAGCUCCUUGCAAUGGUACUUCUAUCUUGGAAGAUGACCUUGCCUUGAGUCCAUCGACAAUGGGAAUGUCGAAUAAAAGCACUAGUGAUUUGUUGGUGACUAACAGUACCUCCGAAGUUGAGACCAAAGUCAUCUACAUGAGCGAAGACGCUAUGGACUGUGUAUACACAGAGUCAAACGAGACUUUCAAAGAUUCUGAAGUAAUUGACCAGGCCCCCAGUCCUGAUAUGUUUGGAAGUGAUACUGAAGAUGCCCCAAAAAGCAAUUCAGUUACAGAACCCGAUCAAUUGGACAUAAAAGAUGAAGAUAGCGAAAUAUGCCAGGCAGACUUGGUAGCAAAAUCAGACAGCCAACUACUAAAUAGAAUUCAUGAAGCAUUGAGUGGUGUUCCCCCACCUCCUUCUGUUACAAUUUCCCAAAUGGAUUGCAAUGACUUCCUAAGGUGCAUCAAACAAAAUAGCCAUUUGUUUUGGCCGAGGGGUUUAUGUGAAGAGAAAAAUUUAGAUCAGAUUGGGAGCCAAGACAGUUCUAACGUUAAUCAAAAACUACUUAAUUCUGAAUCAACAAACUUAGCUGCAAGUGGAAGUAGUAACACGUUUUAUCAACAAAUUAAAAGUGGUUCUAGAAACUUAAUGAAUGCUUUUGAUGCCUGUGAUUCAUCUAGUGUAAGAAGAAACGAGCAACACUGCCACGGUAAAAGUGAUAAUGAAAAUUGUGAAAAGACUUUAGUAAAUAAGAAGUUGAGUGAUCCUAAUCUUGCAGUGGAAAGUGAUAGUAGUACUUUGAGUAACUUUGUGUGUCAUAAUUCAACAUUGACUCUACUGAAUGAUAGUAGGGAAAGCAGAACAACUAUAUCAGUAAACGAAACAACUAACGAGGAUAAACCUUCAUUGUUAAAUUAUAGAACAAUUAUUGAUUGUGAUCCAGCCACACUGGAAUGGCCUGAAGCUUACGCACAUAAACAUCAUGGCAUACAUUAUAAUCGCAGUAUAGCUGUAGAGGACUUCGAAUACUUGUCAAUUAAGCUAUGUGAAAGAUAUGUAGGAGCUGAGACACAAUCCACAUGCCACCCCUGGUUUACAAAACAGGCACCAGGAAGUGCCACUAAACGUAAGAUGCUAGGAAGAAGAAAUGUUGGACAAAGUCCAGGAAGACGACUUAGCCACCUCGCAAGGCGAAGACGAGCUUUCUCUAGUGCUAACUUACAAGGCAUGGGACUCACUGAUAAAAGACAAGUCGUUCUUGAUAUUAAAAAAACAUUAAUUAAAAAGGGUAAAAGUCCACGCGGUAAAGGCAUUAGAGGAAAAAGCCCGCGUAGCUCGGCAAAAAAACGUGCUGCCAGGAGAUUAACGAUGGAAGGUUCAAGUCCUCGAAAAUCUAAAUUGGAAACAUCCAAGAGAGCGUUGUUUCAAAGUCCACCUGGAGAUCGGGCUGGUCCUAGUCGAAUAAAUACAAUACGACCUGUCCCAUCUUUGAAUCCACAAAAAAUAAAACGGGCCUUAUUCCCAACACCAAAUAAAAAAGAUGAUGUUGAGAAACGAGUUAGUUUUGAAGAUACAAAAAAGCGGAAAAGUGAGGAUGAUCUUGAAGGUCCGAGGCCUAAAUGGGCAAAGAGUUUGUCAUUUGACUGCCCUCGUGGCUUGGAAAAAAAACAAACACCAGAUUGUAAGAUUGAACGACAUUCAACUGGAAGUGUACUUGCUAAAAGUGAGGGUGCUGUGAAAUAUCGAAAAGGAGAACUGACUGAAACUAACAAAAAGAAAUUAUUGUGGGCUGUUGCUGAAGCCUUGAGAGGGAAAGGGAUUGGUAUGAAUCAUCCACAAUUCAAACAAUAUGGUUCACUCUUAGCACGUACUGUCAGGAAAUCCAUGCCUGACCUGGAAAACCAGAAUAUUCCGCGAAAACCUGGAAGUACAAGUGAUCGCAUGUUGAAAUUUGCUAAGCAAUACGUGCUUACAAUUGUUGACCCAAAACCUACAAAUUGUUAAUUGAUAUGAUAUAGUAUUGAGUGUUUAUUUCAGUUUUACAUUUUUUAAAACCACUAUUGAAUUCCUCAAUUUUCACAGUUUUUAUCUUGAAGCGAAUCACCUGGUUUCCAACCAGAAAAGAAUGACUGAACGCAACUGUGAAUGCAUAAUUUUAGUCUAAUUAUAAUUGGUUUGCAAAGUCCUCAAGUUAAUUUCGUUUUCUUCACUGUGACAGUAACGGUAUCUUUUUUUUCUAUUUAUUGUGUUCUAUUAAAAUAUGUGCGCAAUUUCUGUAUCUAAUUGUAAGUUAUCAUGUUUUUUUUUUUAACACUAUUAUUACCAUAUUGAUAUAUCUGCGUGAUUGUUGUGUGCUUUGUUGCAAAGUGAAUAACUCAAAUACUCUGAUGAAGUAUCCGAAUUCUAAGAGGUAUUCAUAACUGCUAAAAAUAACGAAAUACAAAUUCGAUAUCUUCAUUAAAAAAACAUGUCAAUACACUCGUGGUGAUAUAAAAUAGUUAAGAUCAGAAUGAGGUGUAAAUAUCGUGGCAAGUUUUUAUUCCGUUGCCAGACACUAGUAGUUUGAUAUACAUGGUUUUGCCGGUUCGAGACUUCAGCAGUACGAUUUAUUUAAUUCAUCUAUUUUGCCCGUCUAAAAUUAUCAGUCAACUAUCUUAUUUAUUUGUAAAAUGAGCACUCGAUUUGUUACAGGAUUUUUUUUUAUAAAUUAUUGUUUAAAUAAUUAUUUAGUUUGUAAUAGAUUAACAAAUUGAAUUAGCAAACCUAUUUCAUAAAAAUCUCUUUAUUCUCGUAAUAAGGCCCUUUGCCCCGACUGAAAUAUUAUUUCUAAUUAUUUUAUUUAAUAACUUCAAUUGAAUGUACUGAUAAAAACACCAGAACAUCUUUGCAUGCGAAGAAACAUCAUUUCAAGUCGAUAUAAAAGCAGGACAUCUGAACUUCUUGUUUAUAAACUAAUUGUUAUCGUUGAAUUUAGAUCUAAAAUAUAUUUUUACAACUA